UUCCAAGUGCGCAGAAGCAGGAUGUUGAUUUCCCUCUUUUUGAUCGAAACUACAGAAGCAUGAGCACAAAACUAAAACUUAUUCUUUGGCUUUGGCUAUAUCAAGUGCUUCAUGAUGUGGCAGGAGGCUCAGGUCCAGAUCCUGCAACAGAUGCAUCGUCUCUCUCUGAUGCAAACUUGAUGUUUGAGUUUUUGCUGAGUGGAGUGGAGAUAAACCAGGACAAUAACGUUUUCCUGCUGGAUGAGGAACUGGCAUCGAUGAGGAAAGGGAGGGAGUUCCUGUCUCGGAUCAACGAUGACAUUCCGUUAAGUCCAAGAACAAUGCAAGCCAUGGUUCAGACAAUGAAGAUUGAUCAGAAGACGACUCUAAAUGUGGAUAAGUUUGAGAGGCUGGUUCUGUGCAUGGUUUACUCUGCACUGCAGGCCAGAGUCCAGCCAAGCCAAGAGGAGCGACAGGCCUGGAGUGGAGUUCUCCUCCAGCUAGGAAACAUCACCACCCACGAGUUACGAGGAAGUUUUCUCUAUAAUUAUUCAUAGAGAAACCGUAAAAGGUGUGCGCUUUUAUUUU